UUUAUUGGAUAUUAUUUCUUUAUAUUUUGUUUGUAAUAUUUGAAAUGUAUUUUUUAUUUAAAAUAUCUAGCUAGCUAUUAAGUACAUACAAAUUAGUGCAUACAAAUUGAAUGAUAUUGCCAAGGUGAAAUCGAGGCAUGCAAUAAAAUAAUGAUAAUACAUACUAUGUGCAGAUAGAAGCGUUCAUUGCCAGAAGAAUACAUACGUCGCGAAGAAACAUCAUACAAGAAAGAAACUAUAACUAAAAAAUCAAAAAGUCUAUUAAAAUCUUCCAAAUAAUAACCAGCUAAAAUCAUCCAAUACGAAUUGCCUUUGCAUUAAAUGUUGCAUUUUUAAUUGUCACACAACAAAUAAUACAAAUAACGCAUUGUAAUGUCUGCACGUUCUGCCAAUACCGUUUUGCCGCCAGCAGCAGACAGUGACAAUGCUCCACGGCCUCCACCUCGGCGGCGAGCAGCUUCUGUUGCAGGUCAACAAAGACGCUUUUCAUCACAAUCAAGUCAAGAGUUCAGUGGCAGUGGGCAUACACCAAGACGAUCUUUAGCAACAGUGAAUGACACCACUGACACAUGCCACUUACGUAUAGUUAUAAUAAAUGGACAGUCACUGGCCAAAAAGGAUAUAUUUGGAGCAAGUGAUCCCUAUGUCAGAAUAGAUUUGAAUACCAUAAAUGGAGACAUUAACAUAGAUUCGGUUUUAACCAAAACUAAAAAGAAGGUAAGAAAGACUCUAAAUCCAACAUGGAAUGAAGAAUUUGUAUUUCGGGUAAAACCCACAGAGCAUAAGUUAGUUUUUCAAGUAUUCGAUGAAAAUCGCCUAACAAGAGAUGAUUUUCUUGGCAUGGUCGAACUUACAUUGGUCAAUCUGCCAACAGAACAAGAGGGUCGCACGAUAGCACCCCAAAGUUAUCCUUUGAGGCCUAGAAGGUCAGUAGGCGCCAAAUCCCGCAUCAAAGGAACCUUGGAAAUCUAUCAUGCAUUUAUACAUGAGCAAAGGGAAACGGUUGAACCGGAUACCAGUACAGGUGAAUGGGAACAUGUGGAAAAUGUUUCAAUGACAGGAGCAGCACCGGCGAAUGCCUUUGUUGCCAACGGCGGCAGUCAUCACGAUCCAUUGCCACCCGGCUGGGAGGAGAGACAAGAUGCCAAUGGUCGAACGUAUUAUGUAAAUCACACCGCUCGUACAACACAAUGGGAAAGGCCUACAACAAUGAAUACCAAUCAUGCUAAUAUAAAUAUGGAAGCAGCAGCUUCAGAUUUCCAAAGACGAUUUCACAUUAGUGUGGAUGAUUCAGAGACAAAUCGUUCAAAUGAUACAUUAAGCCUGGCUAGUAGUACCGAAGAGAAUACCGCAACAACAACAAAUAGUAUUACACCAUUAAGAUCUGCCAACACCAAUGAAUCCUCCUCCUCCUCCACCUGUCCCAUCCAUCAAAAUAAUAAUAAUGAUGGUAACAAUAAUGCUGAUGAUGAUGAUGAAAAUGACAAUGAUGCUGUCAUUGAUCCCACGACGGAAGAUCAUCGUAUCAGAUAUUUAUACAAUUCCCUGCGACAUCCGACAAGCCGGCUUGAAAUUUCGGCAACAUCUUUACUAAAUGAUUUAAGGCCAGUUCGACAAAUAAACGAUCCCGAUUAUACAAUAGAGCGGAUAAGAUUUCCAAACGGCCAACCCUUAUCUCGACAGGCAUUGGAAAAUUUACGCAAUCGCAAUAAUUCGUCAGGACAAACAUUUAGAGAGUCAUCGCAGAAUGAAGAUGGUGAUCAAACAGAUAGCGGAAAUCGUUCACAGACGUCGGCAUCAUCGACACGACGGAAUUCGGUGGAGGAUAAUAAUGCAGCUACAACAGAACCGGCUGCUGCCAACACAGACGAGGAGCCCCUACCGCCACGAUGGUCCAUGCAGGUGGCGCCCAAUGGUCGUACCUUCUUCAUAGAUCAUGCCUCGAGGCGUACAACAUGGAUAGAUCCACGUAAUGGCCGGGCCAGUCCAAUGCCAAAUCAAACCCGGCGUGUUGAGGAUGAUUUGGGACCAUUACCCGAGGGCUGGGAGGAGCGUGUACACACAGAUGGUCGUGUAUUUUACAUUGAUCAUAAUACACGAACAACCCAGUGGGAAGAUCCACGCCUUUCAAAUCCCAAUAUUGCCGGACAAGCUGUACCCUAUUCAAGGGAUUACAAACAGAAAUACGAAUACUUUAAGAAUCAUCUUAGGAAGCCUACCAAUGUACCCAACAAAUUUGAAAUUCGUGUUCGCCGUACAUCAAUAUUAGAAGAUUCUUAUAGAAUUAUCAGCCAAGUAACCAAAACGGAUUUAUUAAAAACCAAAUUAUGGGUGGAAUUCGAGGGAGAAACGGGUUUGGAUUAUGGUGGUUUGGCCAGAGAAUGGUUCUAUUUGUUAUCCAAAGAAAUGUUCAAUCCCUACUAUGGCCUGUUUGAGUAUUCAGCCAUGGAUAAUUAUACUUUACAAAUCAACAAUGGCAGUGGUCUGUGCAAUGAGGAUCAUUUACACUAUUUCAAAUUCAUUGGUCGCAUUGCUGGCAUGGCAGUCUAUCAUGGUAAACUACUGGAUGCCUUCUUUAUACGUCCCUUCUACAAAAUGAUGUUGGAGAAACCCAUCGAUCUCAAGGACAUGGAAUCGGUAGAUACUGAAUAUUACAAUUCAUUGGUGUGGAUCAAGGAGAACGAUCCCCGGCAACUAGAGUUGACCUUCUGUGUGGAUGAGGACACGUUUGGGCAAAAGAGUCAACAUGAAUUGAAACCGGGCGGUGCCAAUAUUGAGGUGACCGAUGAAAAUAAGGAUGAAUACAUAAAACUGGUGAUCGAGUGGCGUUUUGUGGCCCGUGUCAAAGAACAAAUGACUGCGUUUUUACAAGGUUUUGGUUCAAUAAUUCCCUUGAAUUUAAUUAAAAUCUUCGAUGAACAUGAGCUGGAGCUGUUGAUGUGUGGCAUACAAAAUAUCGAUGUGAAAGAUUGGAGAGAGAAUACCCUCUACAAGGGUGAUUAUCAUCAGAAUCACAUUAUUAUUCAAUGGUUUUGGCGUGCCGUCCUUUCGUUCCCCAAUGAAAUGCGUUCACGUUUGCUGCAAUUUGUUACGGGUACAUCACGUGUCCCCAUGAAUGGUUUCAAGGAAUUGUACGGCUCAAAUGGUCCACAAAUGUUUACCAUUGAGAAGUGGGGCACCCCCAACAAUUAUCCUCGGGCGCAUACAUGCUUUAAUCGCCUGGAUUUACCACCCUAUGAGGGCUAUUUACAAUUAAAGGAUAAACUAAUCAAAGCCAUCGAAGGCAGCCAGGGCUUUGCCGGUGUCGAUUAAAAGAAAAACAAAACCAAACAACAAUAACAAUACGUUUCUAUGCGUUUUUGGUGUUCACACAAUCAAAAGAGAAAAUGAAAGAAAAACUAAAGAAAACAAAACAAAUGAAAAAAAGUGAUGGUGUCGCUCCUAUGGUGGACCACAUAGCGACAAUCAUUAUUCCUAUAUAUAUUUAUAUAAAUAAAACAAAUCAAGGCAAUUCUUGCAAAAAAUAAAAACAAAAACUUAACAACGCCAAUGCCCAUAAAUGUUGCAGUCUACGAAUGUUUCUUUCGGAAAAUAAAAAACCAUCAUCAUACAACGAAGACUAAAUGAAAUAACACAAUAGACGCGUAAUUAAGUCGUGGCCUUUUUCCAAAAAAAAAAAAAAAAAAACAAAAACUAAAAACUAAAACAAAAAGCAAACAAACCAACAAAAUUGUACUUAUUUAUUUGCCUGUUUCCCCUUUCUUGUUUUAUUUUCCUUUUGUAUAAUCAUUAUUUUUAAUAAUAUGUUUAUAAUUACAAACAAACAAACAAAAAAACA